GCGGUUAGGAAAGUAGAAUAUAGAGAUUUGUGUUUUGCUCUCUAUGUAUGUCUAUAUACGUGCAAUGAAUGUUUAAAAAUUAAUUUAAAAUGUAACUUAUAAAAUUCUUCUUAUAAAUAAUAUUAAGGUAAAUAGAGAAAGAGGCAUGAGUGAAGAACUACAACAGCAGAAAUGCUCCAUGAGCCUUCCUGCAUUAACAAAAUCGCUGUCAACACUUGCGGCGCAUUCGUUAAAGCCUUCUAUACCUCAACCAUGUGCAGCUCGUACAAUUCUAUUGACCGCUAAGUCUACCACUCUUCCUGCACAGCAUAAACAAGUGGCGGGUCCACUGCAGCAAAUUUUACAACAAAAAGAGGACGGACACACACUGAACGAACAGUUCAAUUCUGACACAACAAACACAACAACUCCAAAUGAAUAUGCGGAGAGUAUAUAUUCCUAUCUUACGGAAACGCAUCGACGUUUGCGUUAUUCCAUAGCCUCAAUUGGAAAAAUCGGAUUUCCUGAUAAAUUGCUAAGAACCCUUAAAUUCUUUACAGAUGGAUGUCGGGAGGCAUUUAAAGACGCAAAAACUUCGAGCUUACGUUGUCGUAUUUUAGCAAGAAGUAUGACAAGAACAAUGGAAUUAAUACAAAACAUCAGUUACGUUUUUAUUGACGAAUUUUCCACAUGUUCAGAGGAAUAUUUUUUCUACAUGAGUGAAUUGGUAGCUUUAUAUAUUUCUUGUAAAUUAAAUUGCGCCAGAGACUUCAAGGAUCACAAAGAUAUUAUCUGUAACAGAAUAUCAAAUACAAUACAUAGACAUCUUAUAGUGCCUGAUGAAGAAGUAACGAAAAUGAACUUGCUUCGUAUGUUUGUAUUUAUACCUGAUAUGUUCGAAGAACGAAUGGUAAUGACUACGACUAUAAAAAAAUUCUUACCUAAACCACCACUAAACUGUACGCAACAAGUAAUGUCUGAUAAACUCUACAUACAAUACUUAAUUGUAUUUCAUCAAUGGAAACUACUAGAGCAAGAUUUAGAGCAGCAAAUUCGAGUGCUCAAUUAUGCUAAUUCCUUCAUGCGUCCUUCUGGCUCUUUGCGCUUCAAUAUUCAUUACAAUUACUACUUACCGCAAUAUGAUGCUUUGCGUACGGCUACGAAGUAUAUAUUAGAAAAUUUGAACUACUUUACCGAGCUAAGAAAUGCAUCCAUUAAAGAUAAUACACCAAAUAAUCAGGAUACCAUAAUUCUUGAUUUUGAGGAAUUGGUUGACGAAUCUACAGAUGAAUUUAGUUUUGCGGACGUUGUUAAUAGUAGUGAAAUACCACCAAUGAAAAACACCAAACCUGUAAAAUCGGAGUAUGAGAUAGUAUAUGAUACAAUAGAUUUAACAUGUGACAACGGUGUGGAUGUGAAUAAUGAAACAGAUUGGUUGCAUAAGCUACAACAAAGGGUUUGGAUGUUGCAAACAAAACCAGUAUGUCCUGCCGCGGUCGAAGUAAUAGAAAUAAAUUCAGAUUCCGAUGAUGAAACGGAUUUAGUUAAUGUUAAUGAACCUGAGUUAUUUUCCUUGGAUUUUGUUGACUUUAUAAAUUCUAAUGAAAAUUGUCCUAAUAACUUAGCUGAGGAUAAUCUUUUUGAUGAUAAUCUGCUAUUAGAAAAUGUUAAUGAAGACUUAAAUGAAAAGUUGCUGACCUCGCCGCGUAUACAUCAUUCCAAUAUUCGAACGUAUGCAUCUCCGAAAGAAAAAGGAAAUAUGUUUGAACGAAGCCCAACAGAAAAAUGUCCAUAUUCUGAAAAAUUGGAUUCUAAAAGAGAUAUACAAAGUUCAACAGCAAGUGCUACCAUACUUAAAAACGAUCAAACAUUAUUAAACAAGGACUCCUAUAAUCCUGAAACUGAUAUUUCUUCCGUAGUUCCUAAUUCACAUGCUAAAACUAAUUUCUCCAUGCCACGUAUUGUGGAUAGUUUUUCAUACCGCCCUGACAGCUUACAUUUGCUAACAACACCAUACAGAUUUGGGUUACUUGAAGAUCAACACAACCAGAUUGAUGAAGACUUUCCCAAUUCAAAUAAUUUCAAGCAUUUUACAUAUGCUACUCAAAGCGACUCAAAUAACCAUAUAUUCUCACAAAAUACUAGUCAUGAUCCCCAAAUACCUGUAACAAAAACUGCUCAAUUAAGUGUAAGGAAUUCCAUACCUGCAUUAGUUGCCAAAUCCAUAAAGAGUGAUGCUGUUAAAAAUAAUAAAAUAAAAAAAGUGAAAUUUAAUGAAACUCCCCUUGGACCAACUCCUACAAGCUUCAAUGUACAUAAAGAACCACCAAAACCUGCUAUAAAUAAAUCAAUAGUUAAUAAACAUUAUAAGACUACUUGGCAACGUUUUGCGUGCCUAUCACCAGCUUCGUCGACAUCUUCCUCGUCCACUACGAAGGGUAAAAAAGAGAGGAUCGAGGAGUUGCCGUCAUUGUUUAGCAAUUAUUAUGAGACUAAAGCUAUAAAUAUGAACAAUUAUAAUCAGAGAAACGAAAACAAUAAUAAAAGGAUUUUAGAUUUGCAAGAAAUGAGAAAUGAUCCAAAACUAAAACAACAGUGUAGAGUUGUUAUAGAACGUGAUAUCAGUUUAGAAAAUAAAUAUAAAAUUGGAAUUUCAUUACCAAAAUUCGCACUUAUAUCUGAACAGAAAUGCAAUAAUUUAAUCGACAAAAAUAAAAACAAAAAUAUGUCGCAGAAGCGAGUAGAUCUUGCCAAGAACAAAGUAAAAAAACGUGUAAGUGCGGUAAAAAAGAGAAAAAUAAAAUGUGAAGUAGAAAUAAAUAUAGUAAAUUCCGCAAAAAAUCUACAAAAUGAUGAGGAAAAGAUAGAAAAUAUAAAUAGAACUAAGUCAUUAAUUUGCAAAAUUGAAAAGACUUCGAAUAUAGAAAAGAUACUGAUGAAUAGAAUUGGUGUAAAUAAUUUUAAUAAAAUCAAUAAUCAGCUGAGUAAAGAAAAUGUUGAAUGUAUGAACCGAAAUGCCCCAGAAGACAGUGCAAGCAUAUUAACUGAGAGCAAAGCAAUAGCAGAAAGCUUAAAUACGAGAGAAGAAACCGCCGUAAAUACGGAACCUAUUGAUACACAUUGUAAUGUUAUGGCUUCUUCUAAGACAGUGAAUGAAAUAUCGCAAAUAAAUUCGGAAGAAUACGCGAAAAAGCAUGAGUUAAUAAAUAGUAUGGAAUUAUCUACAGAGAUUUCGAUUGCUGCUUCUAGUCUAACUCUUUUAGCAAAUAUGGCAGCAACUACAGCACCUCUGUCUUCACAUGGAGAACAAAAGCCAACUAAUCCUGUUUCGUUGAAAAAUGAUGAAACCUUAAUACCGAUUGCAGUGACAGUGCAAGAACCUUUACUAGCAUUGUCCUCUACUAAAAUCAACUGCGAUGAAGUUGAUUCAUUACCAACGAUUGUAUACCCUGUAAAGUUCAAUGAAACAACAGAGUCAAGAAAUAAAGAGGAGCUCCUGAAUAUUGAAACAACGCCUACCGUCCCACCUUACUUAUUUAAUGGUGAGAGCAGAGAUGUACCUACACCAACUCUACCUACUUUGGCAGAGCAUAUAGAGAAGGUGCCAAACGAAUUUCAAAAUGCCAUAAAUGAUAAAUCUCCAAUUCAAACGUCUGAUCAUGAAGUUUCAUCAACUCAGGAAAUACUUCCUGAUACAUCAUACCGCAACCCAAGUGGUAUCUUAACAAAGCAAAUAGAAAUAUUUAGUAAUGCUGCGAUGUUAGUUCAAAACAAUCAGGUUGACACAACUCAUCAUUUGCCAGAAUUGAGUCAUAAUCUACGCAAGCGCACACCGAAAACAUACGAAAAUAUAGAACUGUCCACUACUGAAUCAAAUGUAAAUAUGGAUAUAAGUCCUGCUGCUGUCAAAACACCAGAACAAGGUGUGAAUCAUAUAACAUCUAAUGGUGGUAGCUCUCCUUCUACUACAACUGCUAACGACGAAAUACCAAAAAAGCAAAGGCGUCGUUUGCCGAAAAAUUUGAAAUUUGGUCAUAAAGAAUCCAAACGUGAAAAUAGUGGUAUCAAAACUGGUGAUACGUUAACAGGAGCAAAAAAGGUUAAAAAUAAAAUUUCACCUGAUAACAUUUUAGACAAAGAUGUGUCGUUACCGGAGAGUAUAAAUUUUGAGAAAAACAGUUAUUACUACAUAACGAAGGAGGGUGUACGCAUAAAAAUUAUAACUAAAAAAGGAAAAGCGUUCAAAGGAUAUACCAGGCGCAAGAAAAAGUGACAAGACGUACAUUUUGUUAAUAGAAAACUAUCGACCUUACUGAAAGCCCCACACCCGCGUCAACUUAAGAUUUUAAGUUAAGAUUUUAAUGCUCAUUAGUCUUACGGUCAAUCGUUUUAUUUCAUGUUUUUUUUAGCUAAAUAUGUUUCUCAUAUAUUAUUUUGGUCUUUAUAUAUACAUAUGUGUUUAUGUUCGAUACUACUGCCAAAAGUUAUAUAUUAUAAACACAUGUAAGUAAAGUUAUAUGUACGUAUAUAUUUUAUGUUAGUAAAAUAAUAGGCCAGUUUGUUAUGUGUAAGAUAAGAACUGUUAAAAUUAAUCAAAGGUAACUUACGAAAGUAUACAAUACUUCUACAAUUGCCUUUCUUAGUUAAUCACUUAAGUUUAUGUAUUAAAAAAUUACCUUCUAUGUGCAAAUAUUUUAGCGAAACAUGUUUAAGUAUUUUCAA